AUGAGGUCCACUAUUCUGUACACUACCAUUGCGGCGCACUCCGUACUAGCAUCAGCUAUGUAUAGACACCAACUUCAGGGCCGUCAGGUCGACGACUCCGAGCCUGAUCCCGCGGGGUUAUACCUUCUUCAAAUGUGCAGACCCGACUUCUACAACACGAUCAUGAACAGUACCUAUAAGGGCCAGCUUUUCCCAUAUUUGGCUUUGUCACCUUUUCCCUGUGACCAGGCGGAUUAUAUCCUUGGGUCUUGCUUGACAAAUGCAACGGAUCCGGCUGUUGACUUUGAUGCGGAGCAGCAGUGUCUUUGUGGUAGCAACAUAAUCGAUGCCUGGAAAGGCUGCUCAGCAUGCUACAACGCCCACGGAUGGCCAGGCUACAACUCAAGCGUCUUAAUCGAGGACGCAUCCUUCAUCUCCUCCAUCUUCACCGCCGAGUGUACCGCAUCGCCGUAUCCCACCGUCCCCUUCGCCAACUUCAUGAACAUCACAACCAUCACGACAACUCUUCCCAGAAUCACGCUUGGAGAGGAUAAAUUCCCGAACCAGACGGCUGCGAGCAAUUAUUGGACUACGGAUCUUCAUGUCACGCCUACGAUUGGAGUUGUUACUGGGGUUGCGACGGGGAGAGCGAGUGAGAGGACGGCGCCGUGGGAGUAUUAUACGCCGUCAGGAAGUGUGAGGAGUUCGUCGGCGACGGGGUUGGUGGCGAGUGGUGCAGGGACAACGCCGGCUCCAAGUGGGAGUGGGAGUGGUUCUGGCAGUGCGGCUGGAGUCAGUACGAGUCUGAGUACUGCAGGUGCUGGUGAUCUUGGUAGUGCGAGUGGAGUUGUCUUCGUCGUUGUGAAUGUGGUUGCUGUCAUGCUUUUGUAA